AUGGAGUACUCACGUAUCCCAAUUCUUCCCAUCCCAGCCUUAAUUCGGCGUCGGCUAUCCCGUUUAUACUCGUCCCAAAGGGUUGUAACCGAUAACAAGCCGAGCGGGGCUACGAGGAAUGAGCUGACUACUUUGUCCGAGCCGCAUUUGCCAUUUCAUGGCCAGCUUUUGGAGCGAGCUGCAAUCGAGGCGCAACGGCUCUCGACGGCGAGUGAUGAUCUGAGUUCUUUUGACUCAGGAUCCAGGGGAUCGAACAGUCCUCCCGUUGAGGAAGUGGACUCUCCUGUAAAAUACGAGACCGACUCUGGUCUGCGAUGGAACAGGGUCGUACCCGCAUUUAACCUCCUCCGAAAUGCCGGGUAUGAAGCCCAACAACCACAAGCCGACGGCCGACUUGCUCGAUCUCUCUAUAUCAGUGCCGUGAUGUAUCUGCUAGAUGCACUACCUUCAGAUCUUACACCUGACGAGACAACGAUGCUUCAGCAUCGCUUACCCGAACAAGUGAUAGACGCAGUUGCAUCUUCUUCACAGCCGCAAAUAGCUCAUCUCGAGGGGUCUGCGCAGUCCAGAGCCAUACAGCCCCCGAGGUCAUAUCUCCACCGGCUACUCGCCUCGGGGAUUGUGCAAAUAUUCCUGAUUAUUCGAUUCUUAUUACCAUAUUUCAGGCUCUUCCUCCGUCAAGUCUAUGAGUAUGAGCGAUCGCAUCGAAUCACCGAGCGAAUUGUCACGACUACUCUGGAUGCGGCAGACGGAUUGGGCAAGAGUGGUGUGACCAUCGGCUCGGCAGUUUGCAAGUUUAAUGAAGGCAAAAUCGGGGCUGCUGUGGGAAACGUCGCCACUUGGUGGAUUGAAGGCGUUGCGGGAGGUAUCUAUGAAGGUGUAGGCGAAGGUAUGAUGCAUUUGGGAUUGUUGAAACCUGGAUUAGAACUUGAUAGAUUGGUAUUAGAAAGACGUUAG